UACGUCGUCCGCCUCACGCGCGCUGCCUCCGCGCGCGCCGACUUGCGCGUUGCCUACUCCUUGUGCUGCUAGGCGUCGCGCGUCUUGCCUUGCACGCGCGCGCGCACCGCCAUGCUCACCUAGUCCUUCGGUGACUAGGUCUCGCGCGCCUGCUGCGCCACUCCUAUUCCUUGUAGGACCAUGCUUCGAGCCCAUAUCCACUAUUCCUAUUGCUACUAGGAAUAUGCUCCCGGUUACGUUUCCUGAUGUUCCGAGGAUUACUCCAGUCACCAAACUUUCACGCGCAUUUCGUCACUCAGCUGCUUUUCCUAUUCCUGCAGGGUUUA